AGAAGGAGAAGAAGAAUUCCAAACUAAACCCAGCAAGUUGAGAGGUGUGAGCGCCGAUUAAAAAGGGAAGCACUUUCCGCGGGGCGGAGCUGAGCUGUCCUUGGUCCUGAAAGCAACGCGGCGUUCCUACUUCGCCUCCAGCAUCAGGGACUUUUGCAGGCAAGGCGGCUUCGGAAGGCGACCAUGGGAGGCGGUGGCGCGGCCGCGGUCCCAACCCUCCAGUCUAGGCGCUUUCAAAGGUGCUGAAACGUCCUUCCAAACUGCCGCUUUUUAACGCGUUCGCCUUCUUGAGCAGAGACGGACCUCGAACAGAGAUCGCCUGCGCUGUCCCCGGUCCUGAAACCUCCCUUUCCUUAGGCGCUGGUACGAAAAGGAGAGCUCGCUCUUCGUUCUGUAAUCCGUGCCUCUCGCUUGCCUCAUUCACUGCUCUUUAAAAAAAGAAAAUCUUGUUAUGGACUCUUUAAAAGUUCAUUGUUUGGUUAAGUCAUUUCCUAUAAUUUAGGGCUGAUGGAUCUAUGGUUAGCGGUGGCGAUUGCGAAUAGUUCAGAUUAGGGAUCUUUCUCCCUACGAGCAAAGUUUCACUUUCGCCACCCCUACUCUGGCUCCUGUCUUCCCUUCCCCUCUUUCUCUCCCUUGUCUCCUUCCCCUCAUCUCUGCAGCUAGCUUGACUGCAGGUUUUCAAGAGGGACAGCGCCUUGGAUCGUAAUACGGACCGGCGAUUGUUGCUGCACUAACUUUGGAUCCGAAGUCCCGCAGUUCCAAGGUCGCUCUUCUUCUUCUCGAGUCUAAUCCGGACACCGGCUGGUCAAUGUCACCCUGAAAGGCAUGGAAGGUGCCAACGGAUUUGGGAUCGAUUCCAUCCUGUCCCACCGAGCCGGGAGCCCCGCCGUGCCCAAAGGGGAACCGCUCAUGGGGGAAGGACGCUCCCCCUUGGAACUUAGUCCCCGCUCCGAAAUCAGCAGCGGCUGCCCGUCGCCCCACUCUCCCGGGAGGGAGUGCUUGGAAGCAGUAGCCCAGAGACAAGGUGUGGCAGUGGGGCUGGAGUCUCACCUCCAAGCGGGGCAAAUCUUGGCCCCUUCACAAUCCAGAACAGUGACCUCCUCCUUCUUAAUCAGGGACAUCUUGGCCGAUUGCAAGCCUUUGGCAGCCUGCGCCCCAUAUUCCAGCAGCAAUGGACAGAGCGCGCAGGAGGCACCGGUUCGGAUUCCCCCCAAAUCCGGAGAGGACUUCCGGGAGAAGAUGGACAAGAACAACAGCAGCAACUCCUCUUCGGACACAGAAUACAAAGUGAAAGAAGAAGGGGACAGAGAGAUCUCCAGUUCCAGAGAGAGCCCCCCAGUGAGGCUGAAAAAGCCGCGCAAGGCCCGCACAGCCUUCACGGAUCACCAGCUGGCCCAACUGGAGCGGAGUUUCGAGCGGCAGAAAUACUUGAGCGUGCAGGACAGAAUGGAGCUGGCCGCGUCCCUCAACCUCACAGACACCCAAGUAAAGACCUGGUACCAGAACAGAAGGACCAAAUGGAAAAGGCAGACCGCGGUGGGCCUGGAGCUGCUGGCCGAAGCCGGGAACUACUCGGCGCUGCAGAGGAUGUUCCCGUCGCCUUAUUUCUACCCGCAGAGUCUGGUGUCCAACCUGGAUCCGGGCGCUGCCCUCUAUCUCUACCGCGGGCCCAGCGCCCCGCCGCCGGCCCUGCAGAGGCCGCUGGUCCCCCGGAUCCUCAUCCACGGACUUCAAGGGGGCAGCGAGCCCCCGCCGCCCUUGCCCCCCCUGGCCGGAGUCCUUCCCCGGGCGGCUCAGCCGCGGUGAGGCGAGGAGGAGGGACCGGGCGCAGCUUCUGGAAGAGACAACGUGGGAACGCCGGGGGGUGGGUGGGAAAUCCCUCUUUUGAACGGGCGUUGCUUUGCUCAAACAGACACGCACGCACGCACGCACACGCACCAUCAACCACACAUGCAACAAAUUUGGUCCAGUUUGACUCUUGAAAACGGGAGGGAAAAUCAGAUCCUAUUUGGGGGAUAUACCACGAUGCACGCGUUUUAGUGCUUCCUUCCAGAGGCGUACCUAGGCUCCCUUGCGCCCUUGGCAAGGAGCGGUAUCGGCGCGCCCCCUCCCUCCCCCCCGCAUCUCCAGCAAAAAAUAAUAAUUUUUUUAAAUUGGCCUAAUUCAAUCGUCACAAAUUACUCUUAAACUGGGCGUUUAACAGCCCAAUCCUAUAAAUGUCUAAUCAAAAGUAAAUCCCACCGAGUUCAAUGGGGCUUACUCCCAGGAAAGUGGGUACACCGGCCUGCAGCCUAAAGGUGGCAAGCAACUUCUGACAAUACCUCGCUUGCCUUUUUGUUUCUUAUGGCACCACUUGGAGGUUGCGCCCUAAGUACACACUUUACUCGGAACUAAGCCCCGUCGAUGGCCCUUGCUCUCUGGGGUAAAUAUGCAGCGGCGCGGGCUGGAAAUUGGUCAAAGCGGGAAGGAAACCAGGGGAAAGUGACUCGUCUUUGCAAAAUUAAGAGCCUCGCCUGACGUUUGGCGUCGUCGGCGUCCUCACGGGGAGCUCCGCUGCACGAACUAACCGGCAGCACUGCCGGCUCUCUGGGGAGGGGGCUCUGCAGGGCUGCUGCGACAGCCCAUGCCUCCACGCCGCGCCGAGAGAGGGGCACUAUUUUCGCGCCUCCACCCCACGGCCUGCUCCCUUGGCGGGGGCCCAACAUGGCUGACCCCUAAGUACGCCUCUGCCUCCUUCACACGACCUAUAUGGGACGGUGCUUUGUUCCCUCUACAAGCCGAGCAGCAGCAAAUAGACAAAAUAUUAUCAAUAAAUUUAUUUCAAAUAGGAAAAAAAAAAGUUUUGAAACAGUUACCGUAAAUAAGAUUACAGCAACAGAAGUAGGAUGGGCCCUGUGAAAAUAAUAAUAAAAAACCCCUACAAAAGACGGUCUCUCCCAUGCUGCCUCUUGUUUGCAUGAGGUUUCCUGCUCUUCAGACCCAUUGCCUUUCAUAAACUCUGUUUACCCAUGUGCACAAGCGUUUAUGCCUGGGCCUGGGCCUGACACAGUCCUUUCCAGCAGAACCAGGAGGGUCAUCCCUCCCUCUCUCCUGAAGUUGAAGGAGCUUCAAAGUUGCCAACCUCCCCACCCCUUCCCAGAAUUCCUUCAUUUUUUUAAAUAGGUACAACAGGUAGAGAUUCAGCAGAUGCAGUUCCCCCUCCCCCAGAUUGCAGGGAGAACUUCUCCCGAUUUGAUAUCGCAGCGGAGCAUUCAGCACCCUUCUAAGUGGGCAAAGAUGGACUUAUAUUCUCUCCCCCACCUGUUUGAUAGCACCCCCUUUCCUAAUAAACUUUUUUUUUUCCAGCUGAGGGCCACUUGUCCUCAUAAGCAACCUUCUGGGGGACGCAUGGCAGUGAUGGGCAGGGCCAGGGGCCCUCACCUUUGUACCACAGGGGUGCUGCAAACCCCAGAGGUUUCUACGCACAUGUGGACAUCUGUACUCCAGCCAGGUAAGCAAGAGUUCAGGGACUCAUUCCAGCCAGGUAAAAGCAUCUAAGAAAGGUGCAGAGCCAGGCCUGUGAAGGGCGUGGCCUGGGGAGAAUUUCAAGGGCCACAUAGACAGGUCUGGAGGGCCACAUGUGAAGAGCCUGACCCUUGCUCUGCAUACUGGCCCAAACACCCUUUACACACAUGGCUUGAUGGACACAUGCAGCCCACCAGAGGAUAUAUAAUCUCACACGCACACAUAACACAUAGACAGGGCCCUUCUGUACUAUUGCAGCAUUGCUUGUUUUCCUUUGCAUGGUCUGGCAAAGUUAAGCAGCUUUAAAAAAUAAUAAUAAUAAAUGCCCCUUUGUUUUCAGAUGGAGUGAAUAGAGUCAAGCAGGCAGCUUCCCCCAAAGAAUCCUGGGAAAUGUAGUUCCCCCACAGGGCUACAAUUCCCAGCACCCCAUAACAAACUACAGCUCCCAGGAUUCUUUUGAGGAAAAACAUGCUUUACAUGCAUCCACCUGCAGAGCAGCCCACCCUUCUGCCUGUGCUUCCUGUUCAAGAGGGGCUAAGCCCAGGGCAGUAAUUGAUACAGACAUACCACAGGCAACCUCCUCAAUAAGUUUGGCUUUUCAGUUACUUAAUAUAUAUGAUAUUCCAAAGGCACUCUAACAUACCCCAGCCCCUCUACCACUUUGAGACUGAGGUCACAUCCACACCAAUAAGCAAAUUGUUUGGGAGGUGUCCUCAGAGGCAAGACAAGAAUAAGAGAAUUUUUCACACCUUGGCAGCCCUGCCGCCCCAGCCACAAAACCAGCAGCAGACAUAUCUGGUCUGGGUUAUUGAUGGCUAUUUAUUUUUAUACACACACACAUUUACAGUUUGCUCUCCUACCCGGUCCAGCCACACCAAGAAAAUGUCCUCUGCGCAUCUCGUUACAUGCUGACUCGUCCUUUUCUCUCACUGCAGGAAAAGGGAUAGAGUGAGCUCGUAAAGGGGAAAGAGAUGUCUAUAUGUAAGUUACACUCAGAGCAGACACACUGAAAUCAAUGCACACUAGGUCCACGAACUUAGUGAACACAGGUCCAUUUGUUUCAACUUAUUCUAUUCUGUUCAGCAGGAUUAACAUACAAUUUAAUCACCAACACCUCUAAGUGGUUUACAUCAUUUCAGUUGGCCUUCUCUUGGUUUUAUACAACUCUAUAUAUCUGUGUUUUAAAUGGAGAUGAGACCUGGCUCAGUGGUACAGUAUGCAGAAGGUCCCAGGCUUAAUCCUUCAACAGCAUAUCCAUGUAGGAAUGCGAAUGUCUUCUCUUUGAAACCCUGCCAGUCAGUGUAGACAUUACUGAGCUAAGAAGACCAAUGGUCUGACUUAGUAUUUCUGUAUUCCUGGUAUGUGAAACACUUACCAGCCCAAUUUUGGGAAGUUUGUGUAAAGAUUUUUUAAAAAAACAUUCAUUUUAUAGUGUAUAUAAAACAGAAAGAACAGUUACAACAACAGGUGAAAAUUAAUUAUUAUUAUUUUUGAAAAAAACUAAACAAUAGGCACGUUGAAUGGGUUAAAAUAACAGAAUCCAAUUUGAUUUCAGCAGAUGAGACUAGGCUUGCAAACCUACCUAUGAGUAAGCCCCACUAAACCCAGGAUUACUUCUGUUUUAGGCCUUCCAAUUUGGGAAAUUAGUUGCUGGCGGACCACCAGCCUGGCUCGAGGUACAGUAGGUGUAGAUUGCUCCCUCCAGCACACACACACACACACACACACACACACACAAACACACACACAGAGCAAAAGAAAUAACUAUGUUUUAUCUCCCUGUAGCACAAGAGGACUCCUUUUAUGCUAGACCAAGAAUUUUCAAAAAGUAUGUAACUUUAAUUUUUUUUUCUUUUUGUAAAUAACUUUGGUGCACAAAUGUAUAUGAAUUAUUUAUUGGUGAACCCAGAGGGCGUAUUUGUGUAAGUGAGUCUCGUAAGUCUGUAUAUCUGUAGGAUUCUCUUUUCCGGACUUUGUAAUGAGGAAGAAGAAAAGGAGGAUUCUUGCUUUAGAAGAGAUCAGGGGGAGGGGAAAGCUUCCUCUCUUGCUUUCGCUCUCUUUCCCUCCCCCCUCUCUUUUUUUAAAUGUGGAAAUAAACUUCUUUACAAACA